AUGCUUUCUGCUGCUCUACCGAACUACGAGAAGACAGUGUUGGCUCUUCAGACAGAGAUAGACUGCUUACAAACGGCUCUUGACGACCUUAGGUGCCGAAUUCGUCGAGAGAUUAGUCUUUCAAAGGAGGCUAAGUCGCGUACCUUGCGUGACCAAAUCGCCAACACUUCAAGUCAGUUGAUGAGAUGCACGGGACUGAUUCAGUUCUGCAUAGAGAUGCUCAAAGAACCGGAUGCAGCUGCAUUUCUAAUGGGCCGAACUGAAGAAUUUCUUUGA